AUGAAACCUAUAAGAGCGUUGUUGCAGAGGAUACCGAAGCUACUUAUUGUCCUGACAGCGUUCAGGCUAAUCAACGCCAUAUCAACGAGAACCUUCUUUCAAGCUGACGAAUUCUGGCAAGCACUGGAGCCGGCGCAUUACAAAGCAUUCGGAUUCGGCCAAUUGACUUGGGAAUGGGAAUAUGGCCUAAGGAGCUACGCUUUCCCCCUGAUAUUUGAAGUAGCGUACCGAUUAGUUAGCGCAGCAUGCUUCUUGUGCUCUAUUCUUACAUGGGGUUUGAGUGCAUGUAUUGCUUCGAUCGCCCAACAUAUGCUACCCGAUGAGAAACUUAGCAAUAUUGAUGCUCUUCUGCGGCCCAUACAAGAGCUUCCGACUAUUUUGGAAUACAAUGGUGUUAUUUACGCUCCGAAAGCUGCAAUGGCUGUCAUUGCGGCGGUGGGCGAAUACUAUACCGUCAAAUUUAUUCAGAAGCUGCACAUUAUGACUAUGGAAAAGUCUGACGAUGAGAAAGGCAUGAAGCUUUCCCAGAUCACCAAGAUCUCGACGGUACUAACUUUGACCAACUUCUUUAACUGCUUCCUAAUUACGCGAACAUUCAUCAACUCUUUCGAGCUUUGUCUUACGAGUAUUGCUUUAUUCUAUUGGGACUGGACCGGGGGCGAGCUUAUCCACGGAGCAGAUUUCACCAAAUCACUCGUGGUAGCUAUUUUCGCCUGCUUACAAAGACCUAGCAAUGCGCUGAUAUGGCUAGUGCUAGGCUUCUUCCUAGUAUGUCAGCUGGUCGAGAGAAAAGGCUUUCCGUCGUUGGUGUACCUGCUUUGUAAGAUAUCUUCAGUUCUCGCCGCAGUGACGCUCUUCAACUGUAUCAUAGAUUACUACUUCUAUGGAGAGUUGGUUUUCCCUGUCUUUCGCUUUCUCAAGUUCAACUUUACUAGCCCGCUAUCCAAUUUCUAUGGCGUUGCACCGUGGCACUUCCAUUUGACGCAGAGUGUCCCCAUAUUACUAGGUCUCAAUAUUCCGCUGUUCCUUUACGGACUGUUCAUUGGAUCAAAUAAGAGGAACAAACCUACCCAGGUGAUAGAUCCGCUCAAACAAAUUAAGACCGUCAUUCUGAUAAGUUUACUGUCGUUCUCUUCCCUAGCGCACAAGGAAUUCAGAUUUCUUUAUCCGUUACAACCGCUGUUCACUUUAAUUUCUUCCUUUGCCCUUCUAGCACUCGCCGCUAGGCAUCGUAUCAAAUCUCGUACGCUGAAUAACCUCUUUUGGGCCCUGCCAUUCGUCUCGGUGUUCGCUGCACUGUUUCUCAAUAGCUUCAAUGAAGCGGGAGUAGUGUCGGUAAUGAACUUUUUGCACAAUGAGCCAGCAAUCGAUAGCGUCGGUUUCAUCAUGCCUUGUCAUUCCACCCCAUGGCAAUCCCACCUACAUAGAAAUGAUAUCGAACAAUUGUGGGCUAUAACUUGUGAACCUCCAUUGCACUUGUUGAACGAUCCCGACGCUCAUGAAAAACUACCCAACUAUAUGGAUGAAAGCGAUUACCUGUAUGAGGAUGUUCCUGACUUCAUCUAUAAGAACUUCCCACCAUUAUUUCGGAAGAACUUAAGAAGUCCGGGAAAGCAAUACAAGUACGAAUGGCCAGAGUAUCUUGUUAUCUUCGAGCAUUUGAAAAAUCUGUACUUUGAUUCCUUGCUGAAAGAUUCCACUUAUAUUGAAGUUGCCAGAUUUUUUAAUUCUUUCACGCACUGGGAUUCCAGGAGGCAAGGUGACGUGUUGGUUUACCAAAAGAUCAACGAUAAGUGA